CGGGCGCGGGCCCGCGGCGGUCGUUGCUAGGGUCCGGCCGGGCUGACUCCGCCUCUGCGCGUCCGGGCCUCCGCGGGCGCGGGUACGGGUCGGCUUAGGAGUCUGCGGGUCCGGCCGGCGUGCCCGGGUCCCGCCCCUCCUCCCGAGCGGCGUCCCGGUCGCGGCCGAGCCUCCCCAGCGACAGGCGCCCACCCCCGCCCGUCCCCCCAGGCCCUGCCUGCGGCCCGCCCUGGGAUCGGCGUCGGGGAGCCCCGAGGGGCCGCGGUACCCGGGGCCCGGGCCAUGCGGCAGCCCCCCCCGCCGCUCCGCGACCGCUCCCGGCCCGAGCGGGGGCCGCUGCGGCGUUUCUGCUCCGCGCUGCGCCGCCGACCCCGGACCCGGCAGCCGUGACCCCUCCCGGGAGGGCCCGACCAUGCCGUCCAAGGCGGCGAGCCUGCGGCCCCCGGAGCCGGCCCCGCAGCCGCCGGGAGGGAGGACGCUCCAGGGACCGCUUCCCGGCGCCGACGGAGCGCUGGCCCCGCGCGAGGGGUCCCCACCCGACGCUCCGGGCCCCGAGAGCCCCGCGCUCGGCGGCGAGGAACCCCCGGCCCAGGCAGCACCCAUCGCCCCGCGGCCCCCCGCCAGGCCUCGGCUGGAGCGAGCCCUGUCCCUGGACGACAGAGGCUGGAGGAGGCGGCGAUUUCGAGGCAGCCAGGAGGACCUAGAAGCCCGGAAUGGGACCAGCCCCUCCAGGGGCUCCGUGCGGAGCGAGGGCCCCGGCGCCCCCGCCCACAGCUGCUCCCCGCCCUGCCUGAGCGCGUCCCUGCAGGAGAUCCCCAAGUCCCGCAGGGUCCCGGGCAGCGAGAGCGGGAGCCCGUCAUCGGGGAGUGACCCCCUCUCCGGGGUGGCCGCUAGCGCCCCGAACCUCCUGCACAGAGACGCCACCGUGGCGGGGAGCUCGCCCAGGCUGGCCAGCCUGCUGCCCCCGCGCCCCCUGCCUGCCCUGGGCCUGGACAUCGCCUCCGACUCCCUGAGGACGGCAAACAAGGUCGACCCGGAUCUUGCAGACUACAAGCUCCGCGCGCAGCCCCGCCUGGUGCGGGCCCACAGCAGCCUGGGCCCCGGCCGGCCCCGGAGCCCCCUGGCCUGCGACGACUGCUCCCUGCGCUCGGCCAAAUCCUCCUUCAGCCUCCUGGCGCCCAUCCGCACCAAGGACGUCCGCAGCAGGAGCUACCUGGAGGGCAGCCUCCUGGCCAGCGGGGCCCUCUUGGGGGCAGAGGAGCUGGCCCGAUACUUCCCAGACCGGAACGUGGCACUCUUUGUGGCCACCUGGAACAUGCAGGGCCAGAAGGAGCUCCCGCCCAGCCUGGACGAGUUCCUGCUCCCGGCCGAGGCCGACUACGCCCAGGACCUGUACGCCAUCGGGGUCCAGGAGGGCUGCUCUGACAGGCGGGAGUGGGAGACUCGCCUGCAGGAGACGCUGGGCCCGCACUAUGUGCUGCUGGCGUCCGCCGCCCACGGCGUGCUCUACAUGGCGCUGUUCAUCCGUCGGGACCUCAUCUGGUUCUGCUCAGAGGUGGAGUCCUCCACGGUCACCACACGCAUCGUGUCCCAGAUCAAGACCAAGGGGGCCUUGGGCGUCAGCUUCACCUUUUUCGGCACCUCCUUCCUCUUCAUCACGUCCCACUUCACCUCUGGCGACGGGAAGGUGGCGGAGCGGCUGCUGGACUACACCAGGACCGUGCAAGCCCUGGCCCUGCCCAGAAACGUGCCAGACACCAACCCCUACCGCUCCAGCGCAGCGGACGUCACCACCCGCUUCGACCAGGUGUUCUGGUUCGGAGACUUCAACUUCCGCCUGAGCGGUGGGCGCGCAGCCGUGGAUGCCCUCCUGGGCCAGGGCCUGGCAGUGGAUGUACCGGCACUGCUGGAGCACGACCAGCUCAUCCGGGAGAUGAGGAGAGGUGAGGGCUGCGGGGCGGCUGCGGCGGGAGGUGAGGAGGGGUGAGGCC